AAUCUGGGCGAGAUCCAAAGGCUACAAUUUACUAGCCGUUAGUUUCAAAUAAAUAAAAAUAAAAAAAUUGGCAUGUGCGGACAUAUAUCCGCUGUUUCCGUCUCAAUUGCGGAUGUACGGUUCGUCAGACAAGUCACAGCGAGAGAGAGAGAGAAGAAACAGUGAGAAGAGAGAGAUAGAUCACACUCCACUGCAGGAUUCAAUGGAAUUAUUUUGAGUGGUUAUCUCUCUCUUGGGUUUUGUGAUUUUUCGACGAUCGACGACAGAGGGGAACACCGGGGCAACAAGCUUUGAGUUUGAUUGGGUAUUUGAUAGGAAUUUCAUAUAAUCGGUGAACAAAUUCUGGCGAGAUUCUUGAACUUUUAGAGAUAUGGCUGGAUCGGAUGAGAACAACCCAGGUGUGAUUGGGCCCGAAAAUCUUCAAGGGGGAUUAUUGCAUGGAGGAGUAGGGAAGUUUCCAACGGCCACCACAGGACACAACCGGAGAGCUUUGAGCAAUGUCAACCGAAACAAUAUUGGGGCUCCACCUUAUCCUUGUGCAGUGAACAAGAGAGGACUAUCAGAAAAUGCUGCGAUAUGUGAUAAAAACCCACCUAUUCCGGCUCAUCGACCAAUUACUAGGAAGUUUGCUGCCCAGAUGGCUAACAUGCAACAACAAAAACUGGAGGCAACUAAGAAUUCACUCCUGCCAGAAGAUAGUACUACUGUCGAUGUAGAGGACUACAAGGCAGCUGGUGAUGUACCGAUGUUUGUGCAACAUACAGAAGCAAUGCUGGAAGAGAAUUACUGCAUGGCAUGUGAAGACCUUUUUUCUGUAGAGGAGGUUGAAAUGGAAGAUGUAGUUGAAGAGCCAGUGGUGGACAUAGACAGUUGUGAUAAGAAGAAUCCACUUGCAGUUGUUAAGUACAUUGAUGAUUUAUAUGAUUUUUACAGGAAGACUGAGGCUUCUGGCUGUGUCUCACCGAGUUACAUGCUGCAGCAAUUUGACAUAAAUGAGAGAAUGAGAGGUAUUCUCAUUGAUUGGUUAAUAGAGGUGCACUACAAGUUUGACCUAAUGGAGGAGACCUUAUAUCUUACCGUCAAUCUCAUUGAUCGAUUUUUAGCAGUUCAACCAGUAGUGAGGAAGCAACUUCAGCUUGUAGGAGUUACUGCCAUGCUUCUCGCAUGCAAAUAUGAAGAAGUAUCUGUCCCGGUUGUAGAAGAUCUCAUUCUUAUAUCUGACAAGGCUUACAGCAGAAAAGAAGUGCUCGAGAUGGAGAAGUUAAUGAUCAAUACCUUACAGUUUAAUCUAUCCGUUCCCACUCCAUAUGUGUUUAUGAGGAGGUUUCUGAAAGCCGCCCAAGCCGACAAGAAGCUUGAGCUACUCUCGUUCUUCAUGAUCGAGCUUUGCCUCGUUGAGUAUGAAAUGCUCAAGUUCCCACCUUCUUUGUUAGCUGCCGCUGCAAUUUACACAGCUCACUGUACUCUGAGUGGCUCUAGAAAAUGGAGUAAGACCAGUGAGUGGUACACCAACUACUCCGAAGAACAGCUAUUGGAGUGCACAAGAAUGAUGGCUACUUUCCAUCAAAAUGCAGCAACUGGGAAGCUAACGGGUGUCCACAGGAAGUAUUGCACAUCAAAGUUUGGUCAUGCUGCUAAAACUCGGCCUGCCAACUUUCUCUCGGAGGUCCAAGACUAGCGAGCCGAGGAAGAGAGGUUUACUUACUGAAUUCUUAGCCAAUCAAUGGUGGGGUUGAAGAUGAAAUGGAGCAACAUUAGUUGCCCUGUACAUAGAGGCCUUAAGUAGGAGGUUGAUUAUGUUCAUAUGUGCCUUGGUGUGGAUGUAGAGAAAACAACUGUUUCUUCUUCUUUUGCCAGAAAUAAAAAAAACGUUCCAGAUUUUUUUCUCA